CAGGGUUUGACAAGAGAGUGAGUUGUUGAUUCAAAAAAAGGAAAAGUUAAAAAAAAAAAAUUAGUAAAUAAAAACAGCCCAGGUGAAGAAAAGAAAAAUGGAGCAAACCGAGGUGAUGAAGCCUGAAACCCUGGAUGAUCUGAUCCAAGUCCUGCACCAGAUCUUCGAGAGUGACUGCAUUAAUGUUGAGGAGGUCCAAAAUAUCAUGGAAUCCUAUGAGAGCAAUCCUCAGGAUUGGAUGAAAUACUCCAAGUUCGACAAGUACAGAUACACAAGGAACUUGGUAGAUGCUGGAAAUGGCAAGUUUAAUCUCAUGAUUCUCUGCUGGGGUGAGGGCCACGGCAGCAGUAUCCAUGACCACACAAACUCCCACUGUUUCAUGAAGCUGCUGCAGGGUCAGCUGAAGGAGACGCUGUUCGAGUGGCCAGAUGGCAAAUGUCGUGGUGAUAUGGUCCAGAGGUCACAGCGUGUGCUGCAGGAAAACAAGGUUGCGUACAUAAAUGAUUCCCUGGGCCUGCAUCGUGUGGAGAACGUCAGCCACACUGAGUGCGCUGUCAGUUUGCACCUGUACAGCCCGCCCUUCCAGUCCUGCCAGACCUUUGACCAGCGGACAGGGCAUAGAAACACGGUUAAGAUGACAUUCUGGAGCAAAUUUGGAGAGAGGACUCCUUUUGAGAACUCAGUCUCUCAAGAGAACAACUGAAGCUGGCAUCGAACGUUGACAACAACCACGUUCACAUGUCAAUAUGAAAACGACUUAAGAAGUAAAAUGUGGAUCUAUAACAACUGAGCAAAGCAUCUCACAAACAGGAUGAGGCCGGUUCAGAAGAAGACACAAUAAUAAGAAUGACAUUAUCACUGCCUCAGAGUAAGCUUGGUAAACACCCAUGAGCACAGGAUGACUGCAUGAACAGGUUUGGAAAUGGAUUAAAUGUCGUUUGUUUGCUAGACCUAAGGAGAGCUUUUUUCCAAUAGCAACAUUCCUGGUUUUCCAUGACCUGUGUGCCCACAUUUCUGUCAAGUUAUGGCCCACAAUUGGAAAUAGAGCUCAAGCAUUGCAAAUAUGGGGAAGAUAUUGUUGUGUACAAGAAAAGCAAUAUUAUUUUCAUUGGGGCAUUUGCAUGACUGUUUAAAGUCAAUAGAAACUAGUCUUAACACCUUUAAAAAAAAGUAAUGAAAAGUAAGAAUGUGUUGUACAGUCUUUGCCUUAAGAUGAAGAAUUGUAAAGCUUUAGAUUCCUGUUUUUUGUGUGAUGUAAUUUAUUUACAGAGCACUCUGCAAAUGUGAAAGGAGUGUUUAAAUCAACAAGUUGCCAAGUUUCUUUCUAAAGUAUUCAUGUUCGCCUUUCGACCAAUGGACAUUGGGGGUGUGUUGUAAUAUUGGCAGUAAAUAAAUCUUUAUUUGUACAAAAUCUU